AUGGAUAUCACCAUCACCAGACAUUUCAGUUUAGACGAAUCGUCAAUGCGAAGCGGGGCGCUAGCGGCAAUGGAGGCCGAGCCUGACCUCAGCACCUUCGAGAACAAGUCGGGGUUGGCUGAGGAUAUGAAGUUCCUCGCCUCCAUGCCCGAACUCUGUGACGUCACCUUCCUGGUUGGAGACACAAGGGAACCUGUAUGUGCUGUGAAAGCCGUACUGGCAGCUCGGAGCAGAGUGUUCCAAAAGAUGCUUUACCAAGCUCCAAGCCCCCAACGCAAGAAGGAACCGGCGCCAAGAGAAAAUAAGCUACGACUCUUCUUGAAAAGGUCUUCAGAACCCCUUCUUAAUCUCCAGAACGCUGCUCAACAGCCAUCUUCGCAGCAGCAUCAAACUUUGAUCAUUGAAGAGUUUGAGCCUGACGUCUUUCGUCAACUGAUCGAGUACAUCCACACUGGUUGUGUGACCCUCCAGCCCAGAACACUGCUCGGAGUAAUGAAUGCUGCUGACUACUACGGCUUGGACGAGUUACGGCGUGCAUGCGCCGGAUUCGUGCAAUGCUGCAUCACUGUAGACACCGUGUGCGCCCUGCUCGCCUCAGCUGAGAGAUAUAUACAGUACAAGUGUACCAAGUCACUUGUGCAGAAGGUGUUGGAAUUUGUGGACGAGCAUGGUAAUGAAGUGCUUAAUCUUGGAUCUUUCACUCUGCUGCCCCAACACGUUGUGAGGCUGAUACUGGCACGAGAUGAGCUGAGAGCUGAUGAAUUUACAAAAUUCCAGGCUGCCUUAAUGUGGAGCAAAAAGUACUGCGAUACCAACCAGAAUAUGAAUCUAAAAGAAGUGAUUGGAAACUUUUUGGAGUACAUCCAGUUCCACAAGAUCCCUGCUAACGUACUGAUGAGAGAAGUUCACCCCCUCGGCCUGGUACCAUACUCCAUCAUAAUGAACGCGCUGGCAUACCAGGUGCUGUUACGAAACAUCUUUUCUCCUGUGGUACCCAUUCCUAUACCCCCAACGGACAAGCCUCCGGAGAAACUCGGACUUUUCUCCUCCAUCAAGCGUGCUGCUAGUAAGAAGUUCGGUGAUAGACGCUCACCUACACCAAAAACAAGGGAGCCCCGAUCAAAGUCGGAUUCUAUAAAGCACGCAGCUCUGACAAGACAAGUGUCUGAAACGGUGGGAGCUUCAGCAGACCCUACAUUCGAGCGCUGUAGGCCGAGAAAGCGUGACAGUGAAACAGAGUUUCCAGUCCGCAAGUCCACUUCAGAGUUAUCUGAGAGCUUCCCGUUUGUGAGGCGAGCUCUAGCUGAGAUAGAAAACGGACUAAACUAUUUUAGAAGGUCGAUUGCGUCAGAUACUUCUGAACCGAAGCCUCCAUUUUUAAGGACUGAGCCAGUGGUUGUAGUUGCAGCGGCUGAGGAAGAUGAGGCGCCUAUGUCGCCACCACCGCCGAUGGGUUUGAAGGAACGUCGUGGCUCUCGUGGAUCGCCGUGUGCUAAUCUUCCACCUUUAAUGUUACCACCAGCUACUCCUGAGCCAUCACCUGGACAUUUAACUCCAAAUAGACUGUCUCCACAAAGACAAAAAGAGCCAAUUUCGGCUCCAGUUAUGCGGAAUCUUCCACCACCUAGACGUACGAGGACUCGAUCUGAGAUGCCACCUGAACCUCCUCCACGUUCUCCUCAGACUCCUCGUCCAGCGUCUGUGUCUCCAAAACAUACUUUUGCAUUCAAAAUUGUACUGAAAAAAGUAGAGAGCACUCCAAAUACAUCAUUUGAUAAGCCAGACCAAUGAGAGUACCUCCUCUAAGCGCGGCCGUUGUUAUACGGUGGGGUACUCGAGGUAAAGACGCGCUUUUCUCCGUUUUCUAGAAACAGCUAGCAUAGAUUAGUUAGCGGCGAUGACGAAGACUCGCCAACGAAUAUUGUAUUACAAUCAAUGACGCUUCGGAAACUUCUUCGUAUUCUUAUGAAUUCAGGGGCUGGUCCUCUGGUUGGUACGUCGACAUUGUGUGUCGGACUUCUGACUAUAAAAUAAGAUAAAAGUAUUGAAAUUUAUAUGGUUCAUAUACUUGUUGUUAUAAUAAUACACGAUGAAAAUUUAUUCAUGAGUGGGUUUGUGUGAUGUAUAAUAUGACUAGUGAUUAAAACUUCUUGUGAAGAAAAUAUUUUGUGCGAAAUGUAUAACGAUAAGCCAUUUAAUAAUUAUGUUUUUCGAUAUAUUCCAACCACGAUGAUGUUCACAGAAUAUAUCCUUUUUUGUCAUAUAUAUACGAUCUUCUUUAACUUUGUCUGGUGAAUGAACUACACUUAAAACCAAAUCGUAUGCUAUGUACUUUUAUACAAUCACUGACAUAUAAAUGGACAGUCUAAAUGUAUUUUCGAUGUUAUACAAAUUGUCUGACGUGAAAGUAUUUUUAUAAUAUUGUAUAUAGAUGGAGAUGUUUGUUGUUACUUCGAUAGCAGUUUAAAACUUAUGACUAUCUUCUUCGAAAAUAGUGAAGUGCUAUCGUU